AUGAAUGGUUGUAAUCGGUCUUUCCAAAUAUCCUGGCAGCAACGUUAUCCUUGGCUCGUUUACAGCAAGGAAUGUGACGGUGGUUUCUGUCUCCCAUGCGUUUUAUUUGCCAUACGCGAAAGCUUAGGUACCUUAGUAACCACUCCGUUCAAUCGGUGGACAAAAGUAAGUAAAGUGUGUGGCGAACAUGAGAAACAUCGUUACCACAUCGAUGCCAUGGUUGCAUACGAUAAUUUUCUCUCG